ACUGACAUUUGACGUUUAUCUUCUCUCUUGCUCAACUUCGAACAUAUUCUUGUAUCGAGCAAUCAAAUUUAAUGGUUAAUUAUCAUAACAUAUUCUAUAAAAUGAUUAUUUAAUAUUUUUAACAGAAUUAUUUUUCAAUAGAAUAUACAAAAGUAAGAAUCAUCGAUCGUAAAAUAUCUAGUUCUACAUUUAACAAUUCCUCAAUGAAAAGAACCAAAACGAUUCAUUCUGUUAAUAAUAAAAUUAAUCCUAAUGAAAAUAAUACUUCUGAAACAAUUAUGGUUGCAGAAACGAAACAGGAAAGAAAGAAAUCAUAGAAAUAUCUGAUGCGGAUAAAAAUGUAACAAGAAAAAAAAUAAGAGCUGUAGUUGAUUUAGAAAUGAUGAAAGAUGAAUUAAAACAAUUAGAGGAUCCACCCGUUACACCUUGGGAAAAAGAAAUAUGUUCGUCUCGUCUUCCAUUUGAAUUUUAUGAUACACCCUGCGAAGAUCUUGCUCAAAAUCUUUUAGGAAAAGUACUUGUUCGUCGGUUAGAAAAUGGAACGAUUUUAAAAGGUAGAAUUGUGGAAACAGAAGGUUACUUAGGUAAAAUUGAUAAAGCUUCUCAUUCAUAUCAAAACAAAGUUACGCCUCGCAACAUACCAAUGUACAUGUCACCUGGCACGAUUUACAUAUACAUGACUUAUGGCAUGUAUUAUUGCUUCAACAUAUCUAGUAAGGGUGAUGGAAGUGCUGUAUUGAUAAGAGCUCUCGACCCUUUAGAAGGUAUGGAAUAUAUGACUAGUCAACGAAUCUUGAAAAAAAAAUCAAAUAUGUCGAAAGGAACUAUCAAAGAUCUCAAAGUACACGAACUCUGUAAUGGACCUUCAAAACUUUGUAUGUCUUUCCAAUUACAAAAAAAUCAUAAUAAAUAUUCACUCUGUGAAUGGAAAAGUCUUUGGAUAGAAGAUGAUUCGUAUCAAGAAAAAAUAAAAAUUAUUCAAUGCGCAAGAAUAGGUAUUGAUAGUUGUGGUCCUGAAUGGUCAAGCAAACCCUUACGUUAUUAUAUUUAUGGUAAUAAAUCUGUCAGCAAACGUGACAAAAAAGCGGAAGCGUUAAUAAUAAACACCUAAAAAAUUGAUAAUUACUAUAUGAAAAAUAUGAUAUUAUUAUUAUUUAAGUAUGUAAUUUGUCUCUCUUGCAUGUUUGUUAUUAAAAAGUACUUGGAUUAAGAGUACAGAGAAAAAUUGAAUUUUUAUACACAUUUAUUAAUUUAUUCCUGGACAGAAAGAAACAAAACUGUAGAAUAUAAAUAAAUUGCAGAUUGGAUUAAAAACCA